AUGUACUUAUUUAAAAGAUUACAUGGAUUUUGUAAUUUUAGUACAAUCAAUGUCAAAAAAUGUCUAAUGCAUGGAUCACCCAGCUGUGCUCAACAGAACCAAAAGAAAACAAACACAACUAUUGAUCCCGAAGAUGUGUAUAGACAUGGACAGCUUAUGAAAGUUUGGUGGGAUGAACAAGGAGCAAUAAAACCUCUUCACAGUUUGAACUUGAUACGUAUACCCUUUGUAAGAGAUGGUCUGGUGCAGUGUUCUCCAGAUGAAAGAGAUCCUACUCCAUUGAAAGAUAAAAAAAUAUUGGAUGUUGGUUGUGGAGGGGGCAUUUUAUCUGAGGGUUUGGCGAAAUUAGGAGCAAGUGUUACUGGUAUUGAUGCAGGGAAAGAUCUUAUAGAAUUGGCAACGGAACAUAGUAAAAAUAAUCCGAAAUUAGCAAAUAAUCUGCCUUCAUAUUUCUGCACUACUGUUGAGGAGCACUCUCAAGAACGUAAAGAUUAUUAUGAUGCAGUUGUUGCCUCUGAAGUAAUAGAACAUGUCUACAAUAAAGAAAUAUUUGUAAAGGCAUGUGUUGAAGCACUUAAGCCUGGUGGAAAAAUAUUUGUUACUACGCCAAACAGGUCAAGAAUCACCCAAAUAUUAGGAAUAUAUGUUGCAGAAUAUGUUUUAAAUAUAAUACCUCGAGGCACUCAUCAGUAUGAUAAAUUUAUGACAUUGCCGGAGCUCACUUUUUUGUUGGAAAGAAAUAAUUGCCAUGUUGAGUUGACUUAUGGAAUGAUAUAUUAUCCAUUUUCUAAUAGAUGGGAACUAUCGAAGUCGCAACUUCUAGCUUUCGCCACACAAGCAAAGAAAUUGAAAUGA